AAGUCGGACGGAAGGGGCGGGACUUGCGGAGGAACUCCUUCCCGGUCGGGUCACGUGGGAGGGGCUGGAGGCGAGGGCAGGAAUCAUGGCACUCUGGCGGGCAUACCAGCGAGCCCUGGCCAAUCACCCGUGGAAAGUACAGGUCCUGACAGCUGGGUCCCUGAUGGGCCUGGGUGACAUUAUCUCACAGCAACUGGUGGAGAAGCGAGGUCUGCGGGGACACCAGGCUCGCCGGACCCUGAUCAUGGUCUCCCUGGGCUGUGGCUUCGUGGGCCCCGCCGUAGGAGGCUGGUACAGGGUCUUGGACCGUCUCAUCCCUGGCACCAGCAAGGUAGACGCGCUGAAGAAGAUGCUGUUGGAUCAGGGGUGCUUUGCCCCAUGUUUUCUAGGCUCUUUCCUCUCACUGGUAGGAGCACUCAAUGGACUGUCAGCCCAGGACAACUGGGCCAAGCUGCAGCGGGACUAUCCUGACGCCCUCAUCACCAACUACUAUCUCUGGCCCGCUGUGCAGUUAGCCAACUUCUACCUGGUCCCCCUUCAUUACAGGUUGGCCGUUGUCCAGUGUGUCGCAGUCGUCUGGAACUCCUACCUGUCGUGGAAGGCCCACCGGCUCUAGGCUAGCCUCACCCUGAUGUCUGUGCAGACAGUGCUGUGGCUUGACCCCAGCGCGCUCAGAGAGCCUCCUCGAAGAGGGCACAUCGCUUUUCCUGGGGUACCGUGGUCACUCAGAACCUAAUGGACUUAGCACCUGACUUCUUUUGAAAUCAUUACAACCUUUAUAAUGGUCUUCUCCCCACCAUGUGGUAGGCACCCCAUAAAUGCGUCUGGUCUUGUC